AUGCUUUUUAAAUUUGAAUCUAAAGAUAAAGAAUACAAUAAUAGUUUUGAGCCUAAAGAAGUGGACAGGCAUCACUUGGGCUAUGAAGAUACUUCUAAUCGAUUUUACCAGGUUUCUCGAGACUUUUCGAAACAAUAUGCUCAUAUUUAUUCUGCCAGAUUAAAUACCUUUAGAAAUAUUUUAAAGCCUAUAGUAUCCAAAAAGUGGUCUAACAAAUAUAAAGUUUUAAAAUUAUGCGACUUGCAUGAUAAAGGAUCAACAUGCAUUAUUAUAGGCACCCUUUUUAAAAUUCAAAAACUAAAACCGAGUAUACUAAAAGAGUUAUCAGAUCAACUAGAAAUCAUACCCCAGCCUACCAGAACACAUUUUGUCCAUGAUACAGAUAGCUUAGUAUUAGAAGAUGAGUUGCAAAGAAUAAAAUUAUCAGGUGACUGCAUAAAUGUUCAUGAAGUUGUAACUGGAGUGGUAACUGCUUUACUUGGAAGUGAAGAUGAAGAUGGAAUAUUUACUGUUAAAGAUGUAUGUUGGGCUGGUUGCAACAUUCAGAAACCUAUGCCAAAAUUAGAAAAUGAUAGGUACAUUGUUCUCAUGUCGGGUCUAAAUUUGGCAUCAAAAUCUGGAAAUCAUUUGUUUUCAUUAAAUCUCUUUCUUGAGUGGUUAUCAGGAUUUUGUGGUACAUCACAAUAUCAGGAAGAAGUUUCUAAAAUUGUCAGGGUCAUUAUAGCAGGGGGAGUUUAUGCAAAUAACAACGCUGAAAGGACACUUGAGGAGUCAGAUGUGAUAGCUGCUUCUGAAGUUGUAGAUUCAUUCUCUGCUGCUCUUAGUGCUGUUGCUCCAUUAGAUCUUAUGCCUGGUUGCAAGGAUCCUUCUGGAAUUAUGCUACCACAAAAACCGUUUCACUAUUGUUUGUUCCCAAAAGCUAUAGAGUAUAAAUCUUUCAAUCGUGUUUCAAAUCCAUAUGAGUGUGAUAUUGGAGGUUUUACAUGUUUAGGAACGUCUGGUGAGCCUAUUAAAGAUAUUAUGCAUUACAGCAAGCUAGAGAGACACAUAGAUGUAAUGAAGAAAACCUUACAAUGGCGUCACAUAGCACCAACUUGCCCAGACAGUGUCCCAUCCACGCCAUGUUUAGAUUCAGAUCCUUUUACAAUUUAUAAUUGCCCUGCAGUAUACUUCAGUGGUAACUGCAAUGAAUUUGCCACAGAUCUUUACAAAGGAGAGGAUGGACAAUUGGUCAGGAUAGUGUGCAUUCCAGAUUUCUACAACAGUAAAACUGUAGCAUUAUUUUCUAAACGUUUUGCACACCUGCGUGUGCCUUCAAAAGAUAAUAAAAAUGCUUGCCAACAUGGCGCCUUCAACGGAGACCUUUGUCCCUCGACCACUAUCAUCAUCAUUAACGGACUUCGACCGAUCCCGAUUUCUAUUUACUUCUGUGAG